AUAAUUAAGAAUUUGGAGGCGAAGCAGGUUGAGAUAUGUUUUGACAAUAUUUUUUUCAGCUUUGUGGCGGAGUUAUAAGCAACUCACGAAUCUCAGCAUCCUUAUCUUUGUAGCGGUGCUUGGAAGAAUUUUGUGAAGUUCGGUGCUCCAAGUCCAAGGCCAUUUCGGGCUGCAGAACUUGAACUCAAACUGAUCGUCAAAUUUGGUGUGCAGAACAAAAGGGACAACUCAAAGGCGGCAUGCUCUGCUUGGGCGCCGGAGGCUCCGGGGGCCCGGCGGCGGCCGGCGGCUCCUCGGGCGGGCCGGGCCAGCCGCCGGCUGACCCGGAGCCCGAGGAGGCCGCUGGCGACGAACAGGACCCCACGUGCGCGUGCUGCAUGAACGACAUCGAGGACGAGGAGCUGCAGGCGCUGGGCAAGUCCUACCACCCAGAGUGUUUCCGGAAGAAUUACAGAUGCUCCGUCUGCGACGCGUCGCUGGCCACCUGGUACUUCGAGAAGGACGGCAUCCUCUUCUGCAAGGCCGACUACGCCGACAAGUUCGGCGAGUCGUGUCAGGCCUGCUCCAAGGUGAUCACCGGCCCUGUGAUGGAGGCGGCCGAACACAAGUUCCACCCGGAGUGUUUCCGGUGCACCUCCUGUAGCGGUUUCAUCGAGGAUGGACAGGCGUACGCGCUCAUCGAGCGCUCCAAGCUCUACUGCGGCGACUGCUACACGCGCCGUAUGGAGCUGCUGGCGCCCUCGGAGCCGUUCCGCGUCCCACACUCGAUCCAGCUGGUGCAGCUGCCCGGCGGCGGGGAGGACGCCGCCUCCCGGCAGAUCCGGCUCGGGUCGCCAGAUCCCGGCUCGGUGGCCGUCCGAAUCGCAGAGAUGAGUCUGAACUCUGAGAUCGCCUCGCUGCACGCCGGUGACCGGGUGCUGGAGGUGAACGGUCUGCCCGUCUCCGGCGACAACAUGGAAACCAUCGAGAGGAUCAUUAACGACGCCCACGAGGACGUGCAGCUAACCAUCGAGCACGACCCUCGUCCUGUGCCGCCGUCGGCCCGGCGCCUCAGUGUGGACGGCGGCCGCCAGAGGCGCUGGCGUCGCUCUGACGAGGGAUACCUGUCGGGCCGGAGUCGCCAGCUGCGCCGGCCCGGGCGGCAGGAGAAGGAGGAGCGCUCCAGCAGCAUGCCGCGCAUACUCGAGAGCAGUGGCCCGGAUGGCGGCGAGUCGGACACACUGGCCCGAACCCAGUCGUUCCGAGUUCCGCCGAAACACCAGCGCAUCUUUCGGGCGGCCGACCUCGUCAAGGGUGACCUGCUCGGCACCGGGUUCUUCGGAAAGGUGUUCAAGGUGACGCACCGGACCACGGGCGAGACGAUGGUGCUCAAGGAGCUGUACCGGGUGGACGAGGAGGCGCAGUCCAACUUCCUGAAGGAGGUCGCCGUGCUCCGGUCUCUGGACCACCCGAACGUGCUGGGCUUCAUCGGCGUGCUGUACAAGGAGCGCCGACUGCACCUGGUCACCGAGUACAUCAGUGGCGGCUCGCUGGCUGCCCUGGUACACAACGCCAGCGAGCCGCUGCCCUGGGAGCAGCGCGUCGGCUUCGCCAGGGAUAUCGCGGCCGGCAUGGCGUACCUGCACAGCCGGGACAUCAUCCACCGCGACCUCAACUCACACAACUGCCUUGUCAGGGAGAACCGGACAGUGGUGGUUGCCGACUUCGGUCUGGCGCGGAUCAUCACCGAGAACCACUCGACGCUCGAGCGGAGAAAGAUGAACCGCGCGCGCCGCCUGCAGAGGAAAAAACGGUACACGGUGGUGGGUAACCCGUACUGGAUGGCCCCAGAGAUGAUGAGGGGCCAAAAGUACGACGAGAAGGUGGAUAUCUUCUCGUUCGGUAUCGUCCUAUGUGAGAUAAUCGGCCGAGUAGCAGCCGACCCGGACUUUCUGCCGCGGCGCUCCAAGGACUUUGGUCUGGACGAGGCCGAGUUCCUCAGCCGCUUCUGCAGCAGUUGUCCGAUGGCCUUCUUCAAGAUCUGCUGCAUGUGCUGCAACACCGACCCCGACCUCAGGCCGGCGUUUUCGCUGACUGUCGAGUGGCUGCAGACGCUCGGCCUGCACAUCGGCGUGUGCUCGGAGCCGCCGGCCGAGCUGCUGGCUGAGCUGGAGCUGUUCGCCAGCGGCGGCCGGGCCAGCCCGGCGCCGCCGCAGCUGCCGCCGCCGCCGCUGCUUCGUACCAUCUCCGAGACGCCGCCGGCCUACUUCUACCUGACGCCGCCGGACAGUCCGUCCCGCACACCGGCCUCCCCCACCGGCCUGCUGACUCCCGACGGUCAGUCGCCGCCGCCGGUACCGACCUCGGCCCUGUGAGGGACCGACGGCGGGCCGGGGGACGGGAGGGGCGCCCGGUGGGACGGAGGGGACCCCUGGCGGUGGCCGAGCGUUGCUGACCACUGGAAUGGAGAGGGCGCUGCCGUCUGCGGAGGGACCGGCCGCGGGGCCGAGUCUGCCUUACACAGGCGGUGGGCUCCUAGAGUUAGCUUUGUCCUGCCGAUGUUGCAGGAUCUGGUCACAUCAGCUGCUGUUAGGACUCUUGCGACUAGGGGUGAGAUGUAGUCUGGGCACUGCUGCUCUGGCCUUGCUGCGUUACACCCUCCUACUGAUCUGUCACACCAUUCUCUCAGUAUAUGGAAUCUCAUAAUUCCUUUUAGAGGCUUAAACUUGGCAUUGUGCCUUACUGAAUCAGUAGCCUAGCUGAAUCUAUCUCACCAAGUUUCUCUGUUUUCUAAUAGUCUAAGGCCUAAGCUAACCCUUUCAGCACAUUCCUUAUCACCAUUUCCAGUUAGGAUGUAUUUAACGUACCUUGCCGCUCAGUUUCGCUCCCAACGAGCUUUGCUGUUGUCACCGUCGUAAAGCUGUUGUGGCCUUUCAUUCCCAUCUGGAAUAGCUGAGGGGCGACUACGUUGUCGCUGUCGGGCUCUACCCAGCCGUGGCGUUCCUCACUCCCCUCGGAAUAGCGGUGAAGCUAGUGAGCUGCCCUGCUGCCGUUUGAGGCGUGCUCUCAGUGGCGCAGACCAAAGAGAGGUGCACAGAAAUAGGCUGUUUCCUAGUUGAAACGCGGGGUAAGUUAAGCGGAAAUGUCUGAGCUGAUCGUGGAAGCUAAGUGAAUGUUGAAUCAUUUGAUGUCUUAGAACGAUCAUGCUUUGUCGCCGAUUUUGUUUUGUUUCCGUUUGUUUUAUUUUAAGGAUUUUGGGAUUUUGUUUUCGGUGCAUUUAUGUUGUGUGUUUUCUGGUCACGGUCCAUUUAUGGUGGACUGGUCGCUGUUGUGAGCUGGUUGCACUCUUAACACCAUUAUCAUCUCAUGUGUGAUCUCAAGUCGACGUAAGCUGCUACGCUGUAGACGGUAGUCAUACCUAGAACACAACAAUACCCGAUCGGUACCAGUUCGAUCCUGCCAACGAAGUCGCGCUUCACCACCAACGCUAUCCUUCGCCAGAACUGUCUAGCUUUGAACCUUUUUGUCGCUCCAUUUGGCGUCCCGGUUGUGGCGGUCACGGUGACGACGGGCCGCACCUCCCGUGUGGCGACUCGCCCCGUGUCGGAGCAUCCGCUGCCGUGUGGCGGGUCGCGCUGUGUCGGAGCAUCCGCUGCCUUGUGGCGGGUCUCGCUGUGUCGGAACGGCCCGCUGUCGGCCGGUAGGUCGGUGGGUCCACCUGUGUCGAUAUACCCGCUGUCGGUCGGUGGGUCACGCUGUGUUCGUAUGUACACCCGCUCUCGGUCGGUGGGUCGGCGCCGUGUUGGUACGCCCGCCGUCGGUCGGUGUGUCACUGGCUCACCGCUGUCGUGACUCUGUCGAUCGGUGUGUCGAUAUACCCGCUGUCGGUCGGUGGGUCGGCGCUCGGACGAUGCGCGGCAUCCCGUUCACCUCUGAUGUAAUCACAGCAGUGGCCGGGGCGGGGCGCAAACACUGCCGUCCGGCUGUCCACAGUCCGGGAGAGGGGUAGAGAGAGAGAGGGACCUGCUCGGAGCCGCAGAGUCCACCGGAGACGGACAGCCGGUCACUGCUCACAUGGAACGGAGGAGGAGACGGCCGGCCCGCCGCGCCAGUGGGCAGUUAUGUAACGUCCAGCGCCUCAAAAUUCUAUUGCUUUCGUGCAAUAUAGAUACCGGCAAUCCUCAUAGGAGGUUCAGAGAAGCGAGCGCCACAAUUGAACACACUGUGGGUGCUGUGUCUGCCGCCUCUCCUCCCUCGUCGCGCUGAGAUACGGCCCGUGUCGACUGUUUGCCGCUGAGACACUCCGCCCUACGACGGCCGUACGUCCGCCCUACGACGGUCGUUCGUCCGCCGUAUGACGGCUAACGUCCCGGUGUGACGCCAAAACACCCGCCGUGUCGGGUCGGCCGGGUCACAGCUCCGGGUGGCGAGAGGUCCCUGUGUCAGUGCCGGUUCAGAGUCGGUAGGACGGAUGGUGAAUGGAGCAGAGGGACGGUUCCCAUAGAGAUGGGCCUGCCAGUGAGAAGCGAGACGCCUUGAGUAAAGUAUCGCCUUUCUUAUCGACCCGGCUAUUCCCGUGACCGUUUGACCCACACGUUGUGGUUGAAAGAUGUUAUAGAUCCUAUCCGAUCCUGAGAGCUACUAGUGGGUUACCCUGAUCAUCUACCGACCCUUGCCGGCCCCUCUUACAACGGAAAUACUAUUUCACAUCGUGCAUCUUCAGAUGCGACCAUCUUCUUAGAUUCCAUUGAUUAUCGACCUACGUUGACUGCUAUAUACCCACUGCGAUCACUGAAGCACCACAUCGCUCCAGUCUGGAGUUUCCGGACGAGCGGAGUCUUAUCACUAGUCCCGACUGAUGACGUCACACCCAGCCGAGUGACGUCACUCCUGGAUGUGUCUCCGGGAAUCACCAUGUUACUGUUGUUGCACAGUGUGCCUGCUUUGUGUGCGUCGGCGGGGUUAUUUGCACCGGUCGUGUGUAUGUCGCCUCGCGACGUGUCUGUUUUGUUUUGAGAGCUGUGCGCGUUGACAUUCAGUAUUUUUGCUACGGUUUGUAUUGGUCACCUUGUGCUAGUCUGCCCUGUAAGCGUGUCAAAAUACACGUAUUUUUGUA